CGACAUCAAGAAAGAUGAGAGCACAAUCACCUACUUAGAAGUUUAUUCCUACAUCAUCCAUUACAACAAGAUUGAUAAGUUCCCCACACUCUAAUAUAAGAGAUCAAAGAGCUGAUUCAUCUGUCAAUAGUAGAGUUACAAAAAUAACAACAUACUAAACUAGACCAAAAACUACUAUAACUACAACCACUACUUAUAGACCAGUUAUUGAAACUAGAACAGUAAGGCUUUGUACAGACAAGAGAUGUUAAGGACACGAAUAACACAUAGAAUAAUUAACAUAUGAAAACUAGUAAUUACAUUAAAGAAUUUAUGAACUCUAAUAAGAAAUUGAACAGAUAUCUAUUUGUCAAAGAUAACAUACUAAUACUUAUUCUACUGAAAUGGAAAACAUAAAAAAAUUAUAUGAAGAAUCAUAAAUUAAUCAUUAAUCAGAAAUUUAAUAUCUUACUUAAGAAAUAAACUAAUACAAAACAUAAUUCUAACAUUCUGAUGAUUAAGUUAAAUAUUUGACUUAAUAAUUAAAAAAAUAAUCAGUCAAUGAAAAUUUAGAAAAUUAAAUUGCUUUACUUACUACUGAAAUGGAAAGAUUAAAUAUGAUUAUUAUUGAAAAAAAUAAUUAUAUUGAGUAACUCACAUAAAAAUUAAAUGAAUUAGACUCUGAAUUAAUUAAUAAAGAAAAUAUUAUAGAAAAUUUAGAAAAUAAUUCAUCUAAAUUAAGAAAGUAAUACUAAGAAGCUUGCAAUUAAGUAGUUCUUAUAAGAUCAGAACUGGAUAGAUAAUUGGAAACAAUAUAACAAUAGGAAAGAAAUAUUUUCUUAUUGAAUCAAGAUAAAUAAGCCAUUGAAUAAUAUAAUUUUCUUUUAGAGUAAAAAGAAUAAUAAUUAUAGUAAUUAAGAGGAAAUAUUCAAUUGUUAGAAAUGAAAUUGUAAGAAUAAUAAACAACAAUCUAAGCUUAAUAUAAAGAAAUUGAUAAUCUAAUGCUUAGAUUGGAUUCAGCUAACUAGGAAGUUGACUAUUAUUAGACUGAAUCUGAUGAAAUUCAAAAAUGUAGAUCUUUACUAUAGAGUGAAUUAGAAGUUUCUAAAUUAGAAAAUUCAAAAUUAUAAGAAUAAAUUACAAAAUUAAAAUAACAAUCAACAGACUUAAAUAAAACUAUUGAUAAGCUUAAAUCUGAUCUUAAUUAACAACUAAGUUCUAUUUAAUAAGACUUUAACUUUGAACUAUAAUCCAAAAAUGAUGAGCUGGAAUCAAAUAAAUCUUAAUAUUAAUUGGAACUAAAUGUAAUCUCCAAAAAAUUUCAAGAAGAAAAUUAUUCAUUAAGAAUUAAUAACGAGGAUUUAUAAAAUGAGUUAAACUAAUUAAAUAAUGUUAAUUAGAUUUUGUAAUCUACCCUUGAUGAAAAAAUAAAUGAAAUCUCAAAUUUAAAAAAUUAAUAGUCUUAAUUAUAUAGUGAAUAUAAUACAUAUAAAUUGAAAUUUUAAGAAGAAAAUCAUAAAUUAAAAUUAGAAGUAGAAGAUGCUUUAAUAACAACCAAUUAGUUAUAAUAAAAAAAAAAUUAACUAGAAUCAACUAUCACAGAAUUGAACCUUCUCAUAAAUUCAUUAUAAUAAUAAAUUACUUAAUAAUCAAAUGAAAUAAAUACAUUAAAAUAUAAAUCUGGUGAGGAAUACUCUACUUUAAGAAUUUAAAUUGAAUAACUUGAUCAAACUAAUAUAUAAUUAUAGACUAUAAGAUCAAGAUUAUAAAAGGAUUAUGAUGAAAAGUUAAAUGAACUUAAAGAGUUAUAAGAUAAGUUUAAUUUAUUUAAAUAAACAACUUAGUAAUAAAUUAAAGAUUUAGAGAAAAAAAUAUAUGAAUAUGAAGAGAAAUUAUCGUUGUUAUCUUCAGAGAUUUAAAGAAUGUUAUUUUAAAUAAAUUAAAAGAAUGAUUUAAUUUAAGAACAAAGCAUAUUAUAGGAUGAAAACUAAAGAGAAAUUUAAUCGUUAAAAGCUUAACUUUAAGCAAUUUAAUUAUAAGCUGAAGAUCAAUAAAAGAGAUUAGAAUAGUAAAUGAAUGAAGCUUUGACAUAAUAAAGAGAGAAAUUAUUUAGAUUUGAGAGUGAAAAUCUUUCUUUUAAGAGUUUUAUUGAAGAAUAAAAUCAUGUGAUUGAAAGUUUAUCAAAAUAAAUUGAUGGUAUGACUGGAGACUUGAAAUAUUAAUAAUAAUUAGAAGAGGAAUUAUCAAAAAAAAAUUCAUUCCUUAGUAAAUAAUUGACAGAAUUUUAAACAGAAAAUGCUGAAAAUUAGUUUAAGGUAGAUCAUUUAUUAGUUGAAAACAAAGCUCUUAAAUAGGAGCUUGAAAUCAGAAUAGAUACUGAAUCAGAACUUAAAUUUAAAUUAGAUAAAUUAAUUGAAGAAUUAGCAAAAAAAUAAUAAUAAAUUAACGAAUUUGAAUAAAGAAUUAGAGAAUAUGAGUCAAACUAAUCAAAUGAGGUAGUUUAAUUUGAAGAAAAAAUAACCUAUUAUUAAAAUGAAGUUGAAACUUGGAAAAAGAAAUUCAUCGUCUUAAAUAAAGAUUAUCAUAAAACUUAAGAAGAUUUGAUGAUGGUUUAAGCAGAGUUUGAUGCAUUUAAACAAAGAGGAAAUGCCACAUUAGUUAAAGUAAUAUAAUAUUUGUUAUUUUUAGGAAUCUACAAGUUUUGAAGUUCGUAAAUCAUCAUUAUAUAAAGAAAAUAUUAUUAAUACAAAAUCAAGUUAAGUCAGUUAAUCUAAUCAAUAUAUUGUUAGACCAUUGUAAGAUAUUAAUAUUUGAGGUCAUUAAUAU